AUGGCUCAGCUACUCUCUCCUGCAUGUACAGAUGCUCUCAAACUCCAUAACCCAUCUUUAAAUAUGUGCAAAAGAAGCUCAUGGAAGGCCAUGGCUAUAGGUGGAACUUCUUGUAACUUGAUGGGUCAUGGUGGUAAAAGAAGAGGUUGUGGCAGAGUCAAGGUUGCAACAGGGGAUCCGGCUUCCAGUAACUCUCUUGCCGAUGAUUAUUAUGCCGUUCUUGGUGUGCUUCCGGAUGCCACCCCAGAGGAGAUUAAAAAGGCCUAUUAUAAUUGCAUGAAGACUUGUCAUCCAGACUUAAGUGGCAAUGACCCAGAAACUACAAAUUUUUGCAUGUUCAUCAAUGAGGUCUAUGGGAUUCUCAGUGACCCUGUACAGCGCAUGGUUUAUGAUGAAAUUCAUGGGUAUGCAUUGACUGCAAUCAAUCCUUUCAUGGAUGAUUCCGCUCCAAAGGAUCACGUAUUUGUCGAUGAGUUUAGUUGCAUAGGCUGCAAAAAUUGUGCCAAUGUCGCCUCAGAUGUGUUUAGAAUUGAGGAAGACUUUGGACGAGCCAGAGUACAUAGUCAGUGUGGGAAUCCCGAAUUAGUUCAACAGGCAAUAGACAGUUGCCCAGUUGAUUGCAUCCACUGGACUUCUGCAGCACAAUUAUCCUUGCUUGAAGAUGAAAUGCGCAGAGUCGAAAGAGUGAAUGUUGCAUUGAUGCUUUCAGGAAUGGGAUCUGCAUCAGCGGAUGUAUUCAGAAUGGCAAAUUCUCGAUGGGAGAAGAGGCAGGCAAAAGUUUUGGAGCAAGCUAAAAUAAGGAUGAUGCAGCAGAAAGAUUCCAGCAAAACUGACACAUAUUGGAGCAACCUUUGGGGCAAUCCAAAAGAAUACAAGAAAUCAGAGGAGGAAGUGAAGGGGAGAGCAAGAAGGGCUGCAGCAGCUGCCCGAAGAUGGAGGGAAUAUUCAAGGAGGGGUGUGGAUAAGCCUCCCACCUUUAAACUUCCAGAGGCAGUCUCCAACAAAGAAAAUUAAUUGACCUGACCAGUAAUUAUUAGCCAUUUUACCAUUUAUAUUCUUAAACUCAAAAUCAAAUGCAUAUUAGUUUGUGUACAUGCACAAUUUACCAAUAGCAUUACCACUCAA